UUUGAGCUUUAGCUGAAUUUGUCAAAUUUUAAGGCAGAAGCACAGAAUAAUAAACAAUUGUUAUUUAUUCUGUGGCAGAAGACUUGUGGUUCUUAUUUUUUUUCUUUGAAAACUAGACAAACGUCAGUGUCAGGUUUAUAUUGACGUCUCCGGUAUACAUAAAAGACCAAGACUAAAAGACUAAUAGGAGUCCCAAUGGUGUAUUUAUGUUUUAGGAACUAAAAAUGCAAGACUCCUUAGAUGAUUACGUUAAACUAGCAAAAAACAUUCAAUCAGAAGGUAGCUCCAAAGAGACGCAAAAAGAUGUCCAGAUUGCUGCUCAAAGAAAAAAAGAAUGCGAAACGAGGGCGUUCAAAAUUGUUGAGUUUUCAAUAGAAGGAAAAUUGAGACCAGAAAUAUUUACCAGAUGUCUUCCAUACAUCAAUCAAUCACAUUAUCAAGACAUAGUUGAAGAAAGGGCUAUUACAAAACUAUGUGGCUACUCAGUAUGUGGAAGAAAGAUUCCAGAAAUGCCCAAGAAACAGUUUUACAUAUCAACUAAACAUAACAAAGUUUAUGACAUUACAGAUCGAAAGAACUAUUGCAGUAACUUUUGUUAUAAAGCUAGUCUACAUAUAAAAAAACAGAUUGAUGACAGUCCUUUGUGGUUGCGUAAGCUAGAUUCCAUUCCAGAGUAUCAAUUUUUAGGAAGUGAAGGAGGGGGCUUACCAGGUGAAUAUAUAGACCAAGGCAUAUCCAAACCUAUAGUUGAACCUUUAUUCACUUCUGUGGGAAGCUUUACUAAUGUUUCUUUAGAAGAUAUGAUUAACAAAGAAAAGGGGUCCAGCAAAGAACAAAAUAAAGGAAAACCAACAGUUUCAGGAAAUAAGAAGAAGUCCAAGUUGGUCAAGACCAUGCAAACAAUCACAGAAAUGGAACAUAUAGAGGAAGACGAGCCAACUUUACAAGUAAAGAAGGAUCCUGUAGGCUACAAUCCCUUGCAAAAGUCAUCUAGUCUUCCAGUGAUAAUUGAAAAUGAAGAAAACAUUGAAAACAAGCCAGAAUCAUUUGAAUCCUCACACAGUAUACCCCAUAUGAAGCCUAGCUUUAAAAAGACAAGAACAAAGUCUAUGAAACUUCCUAAAAUCGAUAUUGAAGAUCAGAUUAAGAAAGUGGUAAAAGAAUGGUUGACUUUAGAAUCUCUGAUAUUUUUAUAUGGUGAACCUAAAAUAAAAACCGUUUUAAAUGAGAAAAAAUUAAGUGAGUAUUUUGAAAAAUUGCAAAUAGACAAUUUACAGAGGGACCAACAAAUUAAAUAUAUGGAUAUAUGUAGAAGGCUAAAUUUAAGAGAAAUGGCAGACGAAAAAUUUGACAAUUCCUUAAUUGGAACAAAGCUACAGCCUCCACCAGAUUACGCGAAAAUUAAGCAAGAAAAUAAGGAACUGACCAUCAAAGUGAAGUGUUUCUUUAGCGGGGUAAUGUUAGAGAAGGAAGACAGUAAUUUUCCCUCGAAAACUAAAAAAACUGAAGAAAAUAAAGACUGUACCGAAAGUCCUGUAGUAUUACCAUUAGUUGAUGUAAAUUCCCAGAAGGCAUUAAGAAGGAAAAUAUUCUUAACAGCCGUCAAUAAAUCGAUGCAACAGUUGCUGCAAGGUUUACGAAUCAAGUUUUACAACACGAUACUUACCGAUUUGCAAAAUUUAGUUAAAACAUUCAACCUUAACGCAGAUAAUAUAGUAUUUAGGCCCAUUGUAUGGAAUUAUAUCAGCAUAAUAUUGCUCAAUAUAUUAUCUAUCCGGGAUUCAGAAAUUAUGAAAGUAUUGGAAGAAAAGGCUUCACAGGAAUACAUAAAGCUCGAAAUGUCCAUUUUGCCUAAUAAGGAAGUAAUAAUUGGUGAUAUAAUGAAGGAGGUCUCUGAUAUUGAUCUUUUCAUUGAACACUACAUUUCCUCCAAUUGAUGUGAUUAUUUAAUAAUUUUAAGUAAACAUUAAG